GAAUACUUCAACUAUUGUAAACAUCACGGAUUUGCUAUAACUAGUAACAUAUAAGAUAAUAACAAUGUCCGAACAAUCAAUUUAUGAUAUGGCUUAUCGUGGCAAAACCAAAGAUAUUAAGAAUUUACUGAGUGAAAACGAUCGAUUAAAAUUUGCUAAAGAUAGUAACCAACGAAUGUUAAUACAUUGGGCAGCACUUGGAGGACACGAUGAUCUAGUGAGAUAUUUAUUGUCCAUCGAUGUACCAGUAGAUCCUACUGAUGAUAUGAAUAUGACACCUUUAAUUUUAGCAGCAUCAGCUGGUCGUGAAAAAGUAAUUAAUACUUUACUAGCUGAAGGUGCAGAUGUUAAUGCCAAAACACAAACGGGUCAUUCAUCAUUACAAUAUGCGGCAUCAAAGAAUUGGAGAACUAUUUGUGUUGCAUUACUAGCAAAAGGUGCUAAUGUUAAUGCGACAGACAAUCGUGGUGCUACACCACUACAUAGAGCCACAUCGAAAGGCAAUAUUGCUAUUGUAAAACUUCUCAUAGAAUUUUACGGACAAUAUUUAGAUAUUGACAAAAAAGAUGCUGACGGUAAUAGUGCGUUACAUUUGGCAUGCGAGGAAAACCGUGUUGAUGAAGCUAAAUUAUUAGUACAAAAUGGUGCUAGAGUAACACUGAUGAAUAAAGAAAAGAAAACUCCUUUGGAUCUAGCUAACCCAGGUCUGGCACUGCAACUGAAAAAAAUACAUGAAAAUUGA